CAAAUAAAAUAUUAGGGAUAUAAAAAAAUGGAUCCUGAAUCUGCGAUUUCGAACGCAGUUGAAUGCUUUGUUUUACAAAUCAUAGAUGUCUCUUAUGAUAAAGCCUUAAAAUCUAUUUUAAAUCAUUCCGUUCUGUGGCCAAUUCAAAUCUCAAUAUUUUUUUCAGCUAAAAUUAUAAAUAUAGAUAGUUUCGUUUUAAAUAUUUUUAAUUUUGAUCAAAUUUCGGGAACUAUUUUUUAUUAUAAUUUGGAUUGAUGGAAUAAAUGAAAAUGAACAUUAAUGUCACCCAGCAACCAUUUCAGUAUUCAAUUGUUAUUUAAACAGAAAAAUAAUUUAACUUCAAUCAGUGAUGCUUUUGAAAGCAGAGCUAUUUUGAUACAAUAAUUUGAGGAAUUUAAUCAAAGUAGUUUACAGAAAUGAACAUUCUUGAUAAUUUUAUUACAAAUGUUUAUAAAAUCGGUGAAAAUGGGUUAGCUACAUCUGCGGUAAAGUAUGAAAUGAAUUUGAAUAAAAAGGACCACAUAACUAAAUCCUACUUUUCUCCUAUAAACGUAAGUUUUGAACCCAAAAUUCUAUUCAGAAUAUUCAAUGAUAAUAAGUUGACUCUUAAUUAUCAACAUUUGGAAGUUAAUGAAACAAUAAAAUGCAUUCGUUUAAAAGAAGGAGAAACGAUUCCAUCUGGUAAGCAAGUUUUAAAUAUACCUACAAUGAUAAGAUGCCAGAAUUGUGAAACGAAUUUUCCUACUAAGUACCAAUAUCAAAGACACCAGUGCGAAUUUAAUGCUGAAAAAGUUGUUUUAAAAUCUGACGUCAGCUGCAAAGAAGAAGAUGGAAUUAGAGUAAAAUACGUUUGCCAAUUUUGUAAUAAACAAUUCGUGAACACAAGUAAUUUGACACGCCACCAAUCUAGUCAUGAGAAUACCCAAGAAAAUAUUUGUGAACACUGUAAUAAACAGUUUAUUAGCGAAAACCGUUUGAGAAUUCAUAAAGAGAACCAUUGCAAGAAAGCUGGUGAUAUUUCUAAGUUUUACAGAAGUGAUGUUACAGUGUGGAAGUGUAAAAGAUGUCACGAAGUGUUUUCAUCUCCUCUUACUGCUAACUACCAUGUAUCAAUUUGUAAAGAAGUAAUAGAUAUCGAGGAGCAACAGAAAGAGUUUAAUACAUUAGACACGUCCAUGCAAGUUGAGAAAAAUGAAAUCUCAACAAACAUUGAUAAUAGAGAUGGUACAGUUGAAGAUAAAAAUAUAGAAAAAAUAUUAACUGAACUUCUCCUUCAAUGUGAAUUUUGUAACAGAACAUAUGCUGAGAAGAACUUAUUGUUAAUGCAUCAAAGAAAACACACAACAGCAAAAAAUUAUGAAUGCGUUAAUUGUUUCCAAGUAUUUGAUUCCUACGUUGUAGCUGCACAGCACUGGAUGAAAAAAUGUUCAGAAUAUGUAAGCCUUUUCUAUUUGCCCAAACUUACCUAUUGCGAAUAUUGUGAUAGAACUUUCAAAUCCCAUGAAUUGUUAUAUACCCAUAAAAUUAAAAAGAAGCAUUAUACGUCCAAGCUCUAUUUGCCUAGCUGUUCCCAAAAUGAAAUUCAAAAUAGUGGCGGUGAAAACUGCAAUGUCGAGAAAUUUGUGAACAAUAAAGAAAUUUUGAAUAAACUUAUUGAAGACGUAUUGAUAACUCUGGAUGUUCCUGUAAAUAAAAUCAAUUCGUAUUCGACAGAACAAAAUAAGGAAAACGCAGAAAAGAAUGAGGACAGAGACAUAGGCGAGAAAAAGAAAAGAGGUAGGAAAAGAAAAUGGCCUAAGAAUCCAUGCGAGAAAACUAAGAAACUUAGUUUGGAAGUCGAUGAAGGUUUUAAAUAUCAAUGUGAGCGGUGCGUUAUGAUUUUUGCCAAUGUAUCAGAACUUGAGCUACACAGAGAAAAAGAACACGCUUCGAAUUUUACUUGUGAAGAAUGUGGUCAGGUACUUCACAGUGCAAAAGCGCUAACUAUUCACAGUAGAGCUCAUAAAAGUCUUAAGCCAUAUGUAUGUGAAACUUGCGGACGUAGUUAUUCGCAGACGUCUCAUCUUUGGCAACACAUGCGGUUCCAUCAAGGAAUAAAACCGUUUGCAUGUCCUCACGAAGGCUGCGAAGCUAGAUACACCAUAAGACCAGAUUUGAAGGACCAUAUUAGAAAAGCUCAUACACGAGAAAGGCCAUUUAAAUGUAAUGUUUGUGACAAAUGUUUUUUGACUGGUUCUGUUUAUUAUCAACAUCGAUUGAUACAUACUAAUGACAGGAGAUAUGCUUGCGAUCUCUGUCCAAAACGAUUUUUUAGAGCCGACGCUCUCAAUAAUCAUCGGAGAAUUCACACUGAUGAACGCCCUUAUCCCUGCCAUGUUUGUCAUAGGGAAUUUAGACAGAAAGGGGAUCGCAAUAAGCACCUUAGAACUCAGCACCCAGAUACUAUGGUCGUUUGAAUAAUUAUUAUUAUUCUUUUGAAAUAUUUCAGUGUUGUUUUAACUAUUAGUUUGUUACUUUAUUUCCAUUUUGUUUACUUAAAAAUAAGUAAUAAUUAUGACUAAGUAUGAUUAUGAUACGAAUUUUUAUGAAGAAUGUUUUAUAAAAAAAAUAUUAAAUAUAAUUUUUAGUUAAAUUUUAUUAUGAACGUUAAUC